AUGGCGACGCCGGGGCAGGCCCCCGCCGCGGCCCUGCGGGCCGUGCUGAAGCCGAGCGGGCCCCUCCCGGGCGAGAGCCUCCCGGUGCGCGGGUAUGACUUCGCCGGCGGCCCGGACCACGCCGCGCUGCUCCGUUCCUUCCGUACCACCGGCUUCCAGGCCACCAGCUUCGCCCAGGCCGUCGCCGAGAUCCACCGGAUGAUCGCGGCGAAGCUGGAGCCGCUGAGCGAGGAGGAGCGGAGCCGGGCUGGGCUGGGGGGGCCCCGGCCCCCCUCGGGCUGCACCAUCUUCCUGGGCUUCACCUCCAACCUCAUCAGCUCCGGCGUCCGGGAGACUAUCCGCUACCUGGUGCAGCACAACAUGGUGGACGUGCUGGUGACCACGGCGGGGGGGGUGGAGGAGGACCUCAUCAAGUGCCUGGCGCCCACCUACAUCGGGGACUUCAGCCUGCGGGGCCAGGACCUGCGCCAGAGCGGCAUCAACAGGAUUGGGAACCUGCUGGUGCCCAACGACAACUACUGUAAGUUCGAAGACUGGCUAAUGCCUAUCCUGGAGCAGAUGGUGGACGAGCAGGAAACGCAGGGCGUGAGGUGGACCCCCUCCAGGAUGAUUGCGCGGUUGGGCAAGGAGAUCAACAACCCCGAGUCAGUCUGCUACUGGGCGCAGAAGAACAACAUCCCGGUGCUGAGCCCGGCUCUCACUGAUGGCUCCCUGGGAGACAUGAUCUUCUUCCACUCCUACAAACACCCGGGGCUGGUGCUCGACAUUGUGGAGGACCUGCGCCUCAUUAACACCCAGGCCAUCUUCGCCAGGAAGACGGGGAUGAUCAUCCUGGGCGGGGGGCUGGUGAAGCACCACAUUGCCAACGCCAACCUCAUGAGGAACGGAGCCGAUUUCUCUGUCUAUGUCAACACGGCGCAGGAGUUCGACGGCUCCGACUCGGGGGCGCGGCCGGAUGAGGCUGUGUCUUGGGGCAAGAUCCGUAUGGAUGCCACCCCUGUCAAGGUCUACGCUGACGCCUCCCUGGUCUUUCCGCUGCUGGUGGCGGAGACGUUUGCCCAGAGAGCUGAUGCCUUUCCAUUGGAGACGCCAGCAGACUGAGCCAGUGGUGGAGUGUCCUUGGGGGCUGAGCCCCCCAUCUCCGGGUGGGGGGCAAACCCCCCAAUUUGGGAGGGCCGAGCCCCCACUACCUCUGCAGGGGCUCCCAUCUCAAUGGCCCCAGGCGCCGCUCCCCGCGUCCCAAACGCCAGUGCGUGCCAAGCAGGAGAGCGCGGGGUGACUCCCCCGAGCAGGGGAAUGGGGGAGCUGGGACCCCUGCAGC